GGCAUUUUCAUUUCUUAGUCUUUGAAGUUUCUCUUACUUCUGCUUAGAGAGAGGGUUGACGCAGAAGAAAAAUCAAAACCAAACCUCGAAGAACAUCUCUCAUCACCUGAUCACUCGCUCAUCACUGGUAGUAAGAGAGAAAAAUCCAUUUAGCAGUAUAAAUCAUCAACUAAAAGGAAGACCCAAAGAGGCUAAGAGCCCCCUUUUUGCAGAUUUCAUUGAGACAAAGUUGAGUCCCAACCAAGGAGGAGUUGAGUUUCUGUGAAGUAAAAAUGAUAGAUAAAUUGUUUUCAUGGACUCUCAAAGAUAUCUUCAAUCAACACCUUUACAAAGAUAAGGUAUAUGUUGAUAAAAUCUCGGGUCCUUAAUUCUUUACUAAGUAUUUGUGAAUUGGGGGAAUAAUCUGGAGCUACUCUUCUUUGUUGCAUGUAUCAAUUUCUUUCAAUUACUCAAUUAAUUCUUACAUUUCAAACUCUUAUUAACAUGCUAAGCUAUAGUUAGUUGUUCAGUUGUAUCAUUGCAAACGAAGUAGGGUUAGAGUGGUGGAGAUAAUACACUAUUCUUGAGCCUGAUAUAGAUGUUUAAUUUUAAGGCGAAGACAAUCCCAGAAACGUUCACUUCAGCGGAGCAAUACUUCAACUCAUUUCGAUAUCCUCUACUUGAGGAAACACGCGCUGAGUUGUUUUCAAAAUUGAAUAAUCUAACUCAGUCGCCUACAUGUGCAAUAAAAUAUCUUACCGAACAUAAUGACUUUUUCAUGUACAAUGAAUUAAUUUAUACGAUGAUUGUUGAGAAAAAAAAUUAAGCCCGAGAAGGAGGUAUACAUUCCUAUGGGUGGGGAUGUAAUUGCAUUCUCAGAUGUAAAAUCUACACGCGUUGAGGACUUAACCCGCUUAUCUUAUAUUCCUGCUUUAGUCCAAGAAGUAGAGGAUGAAGGAAAAUCGUACAUGGUGAAGAUUCUAGCCUCCAAACCUCUCGAGUUUGAUGAAGGUUCACAAAAGAAGUUUGAGCAUCUUUUUGCGGUUUUUCUAGUCAAUGUCGCAACAAAUUGUCGCAUAUUGAGAGCACUUAAUGGUGGAAAUUUGAGCAUCGUUGAGGAAGUAUUGGAUGCUGCUCCCCUGGUUGGGAGUGAGUGUCCCGUCUGUUCUCAGGAUGCGAAAUGUGUCCUUGGAAAAGAUUUAUAUGCAGAUUUCCUUUCUUUCAAUCUGAAUGUGUCACAGCACGAAGCAAUGCUAGACUCGGUAUUGUUGAGUACAUGUGAUCACAACAGUUCUGUCAAACUUGUAUGGGGUCCUCCUGGGACAAGUAAAACAAAAACGGUUGCAACACUUCUUUGGGCACUGCUAAAGAUGAAGUGUAAUACUCUUACGUGUGCCCCAACUAACACUGCAGUUGUAGAAGUAACUUCACGACUUGUGAAGAUUGUUAUAGACAAAAACGAAAGCAUCGUAGUUAUGGGUUGGGAGAUAUAGUUUUACUUGGGAAUGCUGAUCGGAUAAAAAUUGGUGUUCACGAGGACCUUCAUGAAGUUUUUCUUGAUUAUCGAAGUGAUCUUUUGGCAAAAUGCUUCUACCCGUGUGCUGGGUGGUGUAGUCAGUUGCAGGCAAUGAUAUCAUUGUUUGAAGACCCAUAUAAAAUGUACCUAGAUUACUUGAGAACAGAGGAAAAGAACCAGGAGGAUAAAGAAAAAUGCCAGCAGGGACAGGAGGAUGAAGUUGGGCUACAGGAAAGCAACCAGACAGGUGAAGGGCUGACAGAAAAACGGACCCUGGAGAAGGAACAUGUUUGUCAGAAUGAGAAAUUGCAAUUUGGCGAAUUUUUUCGAAAACGAUUCUAUGAAAUUCGUAACGCAGUGAAGUUUUGUAUAUAUUGUACCUGCACCCAUAUGCCGACGUCUCAGCUUUCAGAAGAAGUGGUAAAAGAUAUGGAUAGAACCCUUAUUUGGCUUCGAGGUAUUAAAAAUAUAUUAUCAACUGGUGGAGAGCUGAAAAAAGUGUUCUCAAAGUCUAGAACUGGUGACCGCACUUUCAGGGUCUCUUCUACAUUGUCAUUACGUAAGGACAUAAAAGUGUUCCUUUAGAUUCUGAGAUCCCUUGAAGAGUUCCCUGUUCCAAAAUUUUCAGAUAAGCAUACAAUCCAAAGGUUUUGUCUGCAGAAUGCUUUACUUACUUUCUGCACUGCUUCUAGCUCAGCGAAGUUAAAUGGAAUUAAAGAUUUGAAAGUACUGGUUAUCGACGAAGCUGCCCAACUUAAAGAAUGUGAAACAUCAAUUCCUCUGCAACUCGCUGAUAUCCAACAUGCUAUUUUAAUAGGUGAUGAACACCAAUUGCUGGCGAUGGUUCAAAGCAAGCUUCAGUUUCCGUUUCAUAAAUUUUGAUUUGUGUUGGUUGACAUUGAAGUGAAUACUUUUAAUUAUUUAGUGGUUUGAUUUUAUUUUGUUUUAUCAUUUAUAGAUUUAUAAGGAUGUUGAGUUUGGAAGAAGUCUCUUUGGGGGAUUGGUAUCACUGGGUCGCAAGAGGCACCUUUUAAGUGUCCAGUACAGAAUGCAUCCUCUCAUAAGCUCAUUUCCAAAUUCUGAAUUCUACAAUAACCAGAUUUCGGA